AUGGAACAGUAUCAAUGGAUCCUGUUGCUUCUCACCAUCUUUAUGGCUGGAAUCUUCCUCCUUUACCAACAGAGUCCCACCUUCAGCUUCUACUGCAAGAUGCUCUUCUUCAAUGGCUGGGUGUUUCUGCUGGCCACCAUCCUGUCUCCACCUUUGACUGUACUCUGUGGGCGAAAAGUGGAAAACAUGAAGAUUAUGCGACUCAGCGUUCUGCCACUCAAAUACUUCUAUGGCAUCAAGCUCACAGUGCAGGGUUUGGAGAAUCUGAAUAUCAAGGAGCCAUAUGUGAUUGUUUCCAACCAUCAGAACUGUUUCGACCUUUUGGGCAUGUUGGAGGUUAUGCCAAAGCGUUGUGUGACAAUUGCCAAAAAGGAGCUGCUGUAUUUGGGCCCAGUGGGCUUAGCCUGCUGGGUGUGUGGCUUAAUAUUCAUCGACCGCAAGAAGAAAAAGGCUGCCAUGGACAUCAUGGAGCACGUUGCGCAGAUCAUGAGGAAGGAGGAUCUGAGGGUAUGGAUUUACCCAGAAGGUACAAGAAACUCAGAGGAUCAUAUGCUUCCCUUCAAGAGGGGGGCCUUUCACCUGGCUCUGAAGGCUCAGGUUCCCAUUGUCCCCAUUGUGACCUCCUCUCUUAAGUGCUGCUACAGCUACAAAGAUAAGAAGUUAAACCCAGGAAAUUGUACCAUCCGGAUUUUGCCCAAGAUAGAAACACAAGGCCUUGGACUAGAAGCAGCCACAGCACUGGCUGAGAGCACCCGAAAACUGAUGCAGAACACUUUCUAUGAGAUUUCUGAGGAGCUGUGUGUGGACAAGGAAAUGAGACAAUGA